UUCAUUCACCCACCGCUUAUGUAUAUAGCCUAUAGACAGAGAUGUGAUGCCAUGUACAGUAUUCAAUGAUAUGCUUAGAAUAUGAAAACAUGAGGCAGUGAAAAUGCAUGUUAGAUCCAGUGUACACAAGACCUCUCUCUCUGUCAGAAGAUAUCCAUACAUCAGAGUUCUGUCUGACAUCCAAAACCAGUCAACAUCAACAGCUUGUUAUGUUAACUUACUCUCCUACCAGCCCAAGAGUCAGCAGGGGGAAUACAGAGGAAGGCAGGAGACAAAGUGAUGGUAAAAAUGAGCAAAGUUUAUUGAAUAAUCUUGAGAGUUCAGUCUAUAGGCAUGUGCGCAAGUACUUCAAAAAAACGUGCGAGAUAUUCAAAACUACAAUGGCGGACUACAGGACUGUGUUUGUGCUGCUCAAAAUUUUGAGUUUAUUGACGCUUCUCCAGCAAAGUGUAGAUUUACUGCAUCACUACUAUGACCAUCGAUCGCCAUCUUCAUUCCGCUCUGUGGAAGAAUGCUUAUGUGCGCAGGAUGCACAUAAGAAGUCUUCAAUGUGCUCUUCCCAUAAAACUGAGCUUCUUGGGACUGACCCUUUUAAUCACAAUUCUAUGGGUGUUACAGAAGGAUCUGGGGGUACAGAAAUCUGACAAUUACUGGUUUCAGGGUCUUUCCCAACAGCCAAGAUACAGAGGCAAUGUGGGUUGGAAUUCCAGCGGCAUCAGACAUUAUCAGAUGUAUAACACUGUACAACCCACGCAAGGGUUUUCAGUGGGAGAUGUCAGGUGUUCCUUUGGGUUCUACAGCCCAGAGGAGCUUACACCUCUCAUAGAGAGACCUCUGGAAGAUCCAGGAAGACCUGGGGCUGAUGGAAAACCCUUCAUUACAGGUAUGCUGACUCCUGCUGAGCUGCAGGAGAAACAAGGGGGUCUUUUUAAGAACGGCUUCAAUCAGUUUGCAAGUGACCGCAUCUCCCUCCACCGCAGUCUUGGUGCAGACUCGCGCCCCCCGGAAUGCGUUGUGCAAAAGUUCCGCCGUUGUCCGAAGUUGCCCGUUACCAGUGUGAUUAUUGUGUUCCACAAUGAGGCAUGGUCCACUCUCCUCCGCACUAUUUACAGUGUCUUGCAUACCUCCCCUGCUGUAUUCACUGAAGAAAUUAUAUUGGUGGAUGAUGCAAGUACUCAAGAUCAUCUAAAAGCCCCAUUAGAACAGUACAUCCAGUCUCUUGAGAUUGUACGUGUUGUACGGCAGCGUGAGAGGAAAGGUCUAAUUGCCGCCAGGCUGUUGGGUGCACGGGAAGCUAAAGGAGAGGUGCUUGCCUUCCUGGACUCCCACUGUGAGUGUUUCUAUGGUUGGUUGGAGCCCCUUUUGGCUCGUUUAGUUGAGGAACCUACUGCACUUGUGAGCCCAAACAUUGCUAUCAUCAACAAGGACAAUCUAGAAUUUAUAAAGCCAGUGUCUUCGGCCCGUACACACAUCCGUGGCAAUUUUGACUGGGUCCUGAGGUUUGGCUGGGAGAGCAUACCAGAGCAAGAAAGAGUGAAACGCAAAGAUGAGACAUAUCCUGUCAGGACACCAGCUUUUGCUGGUGGGCUUUUUGCCAUUUACAAGCAGUUCUUUGAACACAUUGGAACCUAUGAUGACAAGAUGGAAUUUUGGGGAGGAGAGAACAUCGAGAUUUCCUUUAGGGUAUGGAUGUGUGGGGGUCGCCUGGAGAUCAUCCCCUGUUCUGUUGUCGGCCAUAUCUUCCGCACCAAAAGUCCACAUUCCUUCCCAAAAGGUUUAGAUGUCAUCUCAAUCAACCAGGUUCGCCUCGCAGAAGUCUGGAUGGAUGACUACAAGAAGAUAUUCUACAACAGAAAGAAGCAAGCUGCCUCCAUUGCAAAGGAGAAAUCAUAUGGGAGCAUUAGUGAGCGCCUGAAGCUCAAAGAGAAGCUGCAUUGCAAAAAUUUCUCUUGGUAUCUUGAAAAUGUUUACAAAGAGGCCUUUGUGCCUGAUUUGAACCCAGUCCUGUUUGGAUCGCAAAAUUUAAAGAACAUUGCUACAAACACUUGUAUUGAUAUUGUUGAGAAGAAUCCUGGAGGAAAGUCUGUGAUUUUAUUCAUCUGCCACAACAUGGGAAUAAACCAGUAUUUUGAGUACACAUCAAAUCAGGAGCUGAGGCAUAAUGUUGAUAAACAGCUGUGUCUGCAUGCAACCAUUGAGCCUGCACCAGUACUAGUGGAGCCGUGCAACUUAAACGGUGCCAGAACCGUUCCCGCUCCACAGCAGACAUGGAGUUUCAUUCUUGUCUCUCAACAGAUAUAUCUUCUCCAAAAUGUUUUGUUUAAUAAGUGUUUAGCAGUGGAUAAUGGCAGCGUCAUUAUGAGAAGCUGUGACCCUGUCAGCAUGUAUCAGCAUUGGGCUUUCAACUGAUCGGAAGUCAGUUUUACUUGAGGAAAGAUUAUGUUUGGGAAUAAUGCAUAAAUCAGAAUUGCUGCCAAAUGCAGGUACACAAAUGUUGCUUUACUCUUUUGCACAAAUGUAAGUUGUAAGUCUUAUUUUGUUUAAAAGUAAAAUUAAAGCAGGCUCAAUUGAAUGCAGUAAUAUUAAUGUUAUAAUGCACACUGUCAUGAAAUGUAAGCUUUUUUUUGUAUGAUCCCAGCGUUAAACGUUUACAUAAAGCACACUGCACUUUUUGAACCCUGGACUUUUCAUUGAGGGACUGGGGAGAUUUCUGAAAACAGUUGGGUUGUAUAGCAUUAGAUCAAUGUAAUUACUGUAACA